CAUUAGUUUGGGCAGAAAUAAUUUCGCUAUGCCUUCACCACGACUGUAUGAAGCCUGAAUAAACACUAGCAGUGACAGCAGCGCCUCGAAAAGCAACCAAUCAAUAUCCCAAGUUUCCAAAGCAUGCGCAGAACAGUCCCGCCGCCGAACUGGUUGCUGGGAGGCAUAUUUUUUAAAAUCGCCCGCCACACUCACACAAGGCUUCUAUUUAUUUGUUUGUCUAGUCGGGGGGGAGAAGGAGGCUUUCUCACGGUUGCCGAUGAUGGCGCAGGUUCAGCAACAGUAUGUAGAGGGUACUAGGACUUCUGGCUCCAGAAGAAUGACUGCUUUUGGAGGAAAAACUGCAGACCAUGGAGUGAACUUCUCUAACACUGCACAUCUUUCAAAGGGUGUUGUAUCCCUCAGGAAAGGAAGCCCGUUUAGUCAUACCCCAGCUAAGCGCAUGAUUCUACCUACUCUUUACCUGCAGGAAAAUGCUGAUCCUCAGAUAGGCUUGCUUCUCUGUAAACAAUGGACUUUAUACAGUGUUACUCCUCUGUACAACUUCUCUUAUGGACAGCUGAAUGAAUAUUCUAGACAGUUGAGUCUCUUUAUUGCAGCUGAGAAGCAGAAGAGGCUUGCAGUGGAAGUUGAAUCCGAUCUUGCAUUUAAAGUGAAGUUCUCCUCAUUCUCAGCUUUGAAAACCACAGAACAGGAACCAGCAGCAGUUCUCAUACAAAUCAUGCAGAGGUCUCAGGCGGCAGCUAAAAAUGAAGAAGGCAAAGUGGUAUGGACGGGCUGGUUCAGUUGUACUGGUGGAAAUGACAUUUUUGUGACGGUCAUGGAGGAUUUCACUUGUCUGCCCUUGUUCCUUGUAAGUGGGGCAAAAGGUCUCAUGCUCCUUGUAGAAACUUGGCUUCAGCAGACCUUUGACUGUUGUUUAAGCCCCUUGCACAUCACCCCUAUCAAUCUUGCCUGGAUGGCUGCAAUAUGGACUGGGUGUUAUAUGGAAAAUCAUAUGGCUGCAACAGAGCUGACUUUCUCAGUACCCGGCCCUGCUUACCCUCUGGAUAUUUCCUAUGCUAUCCAUCCUGAAGAUGCAAAAGCCCUUUGGGAUUCAAUCCAUAGCACUCCAGGAGAAGUUGGACAAGAAGAAGUGGAAUUAUUCAUGGACUGCCUUUACAAUCACUUUCACAGACACUUCAAGAUCUACCUGUCAGCUGCGAGACUGGUGAAAGUCUCUACUUCUGUAGCCUCUGUCCAUUCUGUUGGGAAAAUAAAGAUUCUCCAUGCCCAGCAUCUGAUAGGAAUUCUGUCACUGCUCACAGAACUGGCAGUUUCAAAAACAAUGUGAUGGAUUUUUUGUUGUACUUCAGUUACAGAAAAUAUAUCCAUUACAGUGAUGACUUGUAAGCUG